AGGGCAGCUUGGCAGGGCCUCAGGAUGGACCCCUUCGCGGACACGCUGCAGCGGUUGCGGGAGGCCUUCGGCUCGGGGCGCACGCGGCCGGCCGAGUUCCGGGCUGCCCAGCUGAAGGGCCUGAGCUGCUUCCUGCAAGAGAACAAGCAGCUUCUGCAGGAGGCGCUGGUGCAGGACCUGCACAAGUCUGCCUUCGAGUCAGAGGUGUCUGAAAUCAGCAUCAGCCAGAACGAGAUUAACUCGGCCCUUAGGAACCUGCGGGCCUGGAUGAAGGAUGAGAAAGUGCCCAAGAACCUGGCCACGCAGCUGGACUCGGCUUUCAUCCGGAAGGAGCCCUUCGGCCUGGUGCUCAUCAUCGCCCCCUGGAACUACCCUCUGAACCUGAGCCUAGAGCCCCUGGUGGGUGCCCUCGCAGCAGGGAACUGCGUGCUGCUGAAGCCCUCGGAGAUCAGCAAGAGCACUGAGAAGGUCCUGGCCGAGGUGCUGCCCCGAUACCUGGACCAGAGCUGCUUCGCCGUGGUGCUGGGCGGGCCCCAGGAGACCGGGCAGCUACUGGAGCACAAGUUCGACUACAUCUUCUUCACAGGGAGCCCCCGAGUCGGGAAGAUCGUCAUGGCUGCUGCCGCCAAGCACCUGACGCCCGUCACGCUGGAGCUGGGGGGCAAGAACCCCUGCUACGUGGACGACAACUGCGACCCCCAGACCGUGGCCAACCGCGUGGCCUUCUUCCGCUAUUUCAACUCCGGCCAGACCUGCGUGGCCCCCGACUAUAUCCUGUGCAGCCCCGAAAUGCAGGCUCGACUGCUGCCCGCCCUGCAGAGUGCCAUCACCCGUUUCUAUGGCGAAGACCCCCAGAGCUCCCCAGACCUGGGCCGCAUCGUCAGUGAGAAGAAUUUCCAGCGGCUCCGGGGCCUGCUGAGCUGUGGCCGAGUGGCCAUCGGGGGCCAGAGUGAUGAAAGCGAUCGCUACAUCGCUCCCACGGUGCUGGUGGACGUGCAGGAGACAGAGCCGGUGAUGCAGGAGGAGAUCUUUGGGCCCAUCCUGCCCAUCAUGAACGUGGGGAGCCUGGACGAGGCCAUCGACUUCAUCAACCGUCGGGAGAAGCCCCUGGCCCUGUACGCCUUCUCCAACAGCAACCAGGUGGUCAAGCGGGUACUGGCCCAGACCAGCAGUGGGGGCUUCUGUGGGAACGACGGCUUCAUGCACAUGACUGUCGCCAGCCUGCCUUUCGGAGGAGUGGGCGCCAGUGGGAUGGGCAGCUACCACGGCAAGUUCUCCUUCGACACCUUCUCCCACCACCGCGCCUGCCUGCUGCGCCGCCCUGGGCUGGAGAAGGUCUACGCUCUCCGCUACCCGCCCCACACUCCCCGCAACCUGAGUGUGCUGCUCAUGGCGAUGGAGACCCGCAGCUGCAGCUGCGCCCUGCUCUGAGCCAACCCACGCACAGGGGCUCCGAGCAUCCCUCCCAGCUCAUGUCUACGCGUCCUCCGCUGCCGUGGCCACCUGAGGCUGGUGGAGACACGACCUGGGAUCCACGACACAGGAGGAAAACACCUGCCAGGGCCACGGCCCAGACCAGUGCUUGCCCUCCUCCCUCCUGGGGCUUCUCUUUUCAGGCCCUAAGCUGCCCCCCAGCCAGGAUGGGCCAAGGUUUGGGAGCAUGGGAAAC